AACAGUGAACACGCGAGAAACUUAAAACGGGCAAGAACGUUGAAAAUUAAUUAAUACAAAGAAAAGAAAACUAAACAACAAGUUAUAGUAACUAUUGUGGAAAACUCUAUUGUUGGUGUUGUUUUCAUUUUUGUUGUAGAAAGAAGCGUACUACUACGUAUUGUGUUGUGUUUAUAAUCGUGCGAAAACGUUAAUAGAAAAUUUUUUGAAACAUUUAUAUAACAAUUAAUUCUUAUUAUUGUUGUUGCUGAAGUACAGUCACAUUAUUUAUACAGUGGUUUUUUUAUUUAUUUAUUAAUAGUAACUAACUACAAGGAAUAUAGCACGAACGAAAUAACAAUUUUUCACCAAAAUUUAAUAAUUAAAAUAGAUAUCACGCGUAGAAAUGUCGCCAGCUGAUGAUAGUUCAUAUGCCGCAAAUGGGAGCAGAGCAUCCAAAAAGGCCACCUACACGCUGCUCGUCAUUAAGGUCUUGGAGCUUUUAUUACUCAUAUGCUGCAUUGGACUGAUUGACUCUCCAGCAGCACACAGUCAAGCCCGAACCUUCAUAACACCACGCGUCGCGGCGCUCUGCUAUGUAACCUUUGGCAGUCUGAUAAUUUAUACGUCAAUUAAUUUAAUUAUGACUAUGUUUGGCGAUGCAACUCCAUGGCGAUCAGCUACACUUUGGUCACUUGUUGCUUUCGUUCUCUUCAUAGCAACGACAGCACUACUCUUCCGUGAUUGGUCCAAUACCAAAAUGCUAUACAACUGGCAUCCAAAUAUGCAACGUUUAGACUUUCUUUUAGGCGCAGCGUCUGUAUCACUGGUGACCACUAUUAUAUACCUAAUCGAUGUUAUCUUAACCAUACGUUUCGGAAUGAGUGGUGAAUUGGAAUAAUUUUUUAUCCCCAAAUUAAUAUGAAUCAAAAACUUACAAAAUCACAAAACGUCCAUUCUAACUGUAAUAUUUACAGAUAAUUUUUAUAUAAUUUUAUAUAUAUACAUAUAUAUGUAUUACAAAAAUAUAUUAAAUUAAAGGUUUUUAUAUACGUAUGUAAGCUAUAACAAAUGUUCACAAUUCUAUAUUAACAUAUCGUUCAUAUAUUAACAUAUUUAUGUAAUAAAAAAGCAAUUGCCAUGAAACAU